AUGGUCACGACCAUGAAGCUGCCCCCACUGGCAGUUGGAGUCCACCCUUCCAACCGGGACGGGUGUGGAGUGAACCCAUCUGACGUUCACGAGCUCAUCGACAACAUCAGUGGCGUUGGAUGGGUGGAUUCAUCUGCUUGGCCGCUAUGUGGUAGUCACACCAAUUAUGCACUUCGCCUGAUCGUGCAGGAGGUUGCGCAUGAAGGAGGCGCACUCACCCAGGACGGCAAACUGAGCCUGAGCUUGGUCCAGAAGCACGACCAGGCUUUCUACAAAGCCGCUACUACCGGCAUUACGUUCAAGGUGCUGAACAAGGAGGUCGCCCGUCAAUGGCCGGACCUCCUGCCAAUGAUCCAGCAGUAUGGCAAUGCAAGUUUACAGAAACAAGAGCACGAACUUCAGAUGUUGUGCCGCCUGCAUGCUUUGUACGUGGCCCAACAAGCAAAAGGGGGCGCAGUGUCGUUCGCUGAGAUCAAACGGAAGGCUUUGCAGAGUCGACCGCCUUGCGCUGCUGCAGUGCCAGCUUUGUACAGCUUUGUUCUCAAAGCUAGUGGUGGCAGUACAGGUGAGCUCCUCAAGGAGACAGAGCGUUUCGUGAGACAGCGAUGUUCUUCGGCGAGGUCGUUGGGGGCAGAUCUUUGGGAGGUCUUGGCUCAUGAGCCUAAAGGUUUCGCUUCUUCUGGCUCUUUGGCCUUGUUCAGACAUGCAAUGGUGAAGCUGGCCUACUCGUCGAAGAAGAUGGGCAAGGCCGAAUGCAAGAAGAUGUUCAGUCACGACAUCAAGCGUGAUGUGGUCACGGCAGAUGCUUUGAUGAACGAACUUCGUUCACUGGCACGGCACCACGCAGAUCCGAGUACUCCACAGGUGUUCAUUGCCCAAGGCUUGACUGACCAGAUGUUGGCAAGCUUUGCCAUCAAGCUUCGUCUUCCAGACGAAAAGCUAUAUGAAUCGUUCGAUGAGAUUUGCCAUGACUUUGUCCUGGUCUUGAGGCACAUGACUGGCCAGCCUGUCCCUUCUCGAUGGGAGGCAGGGUUGAAGGAAGAGGAGAAGGCCAAGGUCAAAGAGAGUGAUUCUCAGGCCACCCUGCGGGAGCUGAAAGAAGAUGGAACCUUCAAGGAUCCGGCCAAGGUGCUUGCUGAGAUGGGGUUCCCGGUCGGAUCGCACAUUCGCCGCAAGAGUGACAAGACAGAGGCCGUGAUCACGGAAGUGGUGGAAGACAAUGUGAAAGUCUCAAUUGAUGGAGGCUUCUUCAAAGUCAGCAUCAAGGACAUUAUGAAUGGGAUGUGGGCUACCUUCACUCCGCGUCCUGAGCGUGAGGUAUUGCAAGAUCUUGCCCAGUACGCCACGAGCCAGAGCUGGAACUACGAGGCCUCUUUGACUGCUGCCAAGAUCACUUUGGAACUUGAGGACCUCUCGAAGAAGUACAAGCAGGAUCAAUGGCACGCCCUUGAGCUUCAACUGAAGCCAGGCAAGGUUUUGCAGGUCGUACAGCCCAUCCAGAAGCACAAGCUCAUCUUGGCGCCAACAACUUCAAAAGUCAUGUUCAAGUGGGAGGGAGUUCCUGCCGCUGGCGUGAAGGUUGAGACCGACUGGGAGGAUGCUUGCUCUUUCUUCCUGCUCGCAGAUUCCAAGUUGCCAGGAGAUGAUGAGCCAGAAGAUCCAAAGGAUUGCAGCUUCUGCCCGUACUUCAGCGUGGAGAAGACCAGCAAGGAGGACGAGUCCAACAUGGAGGUGUUCUGGGCCCAUGGGCGAGACAGUACUUUGAGGUUUCCUCUUCUCCGCAACGCGAGGAAGCUCGAGACUGGAGAGCGGCUGAUGAUUUGGCAGGAGAAAGUGUCUCAGGCAGUGGAGCCUCUUGCUGCAGCUUCACCGGCCAAGCGGCCUGCACCGGAAGGCGGCCGCGCCAAGAAGAGGAGCAAGUGA